GCUCACGAUCUCUUGGCCAAAAUGGUGCGGAUCGGUUUGCAGCUUAAGGCUAAUCUUGAAAAUGUUACAAAUCUUAAGGCUGAAGGUGAAGAUUUUCGUUGGUAUUUGAUGCUGAAAUGUAUGAAUUGUGGAGAGGUGACAAAGCAAUGGGUCUAUAUGUGUUUGAUGGAAAGUCAGCCUGUAAAGGGUGGUAGAGGGUAUGCCCAUUUUGUGUCCAAGUGCAAAUUAUGCCAUAGAGAAAACUCUGUCGAUAUCAUGAAGGAUAGUAUACAUCCAUAUUUGGCCAGCCAUAAUGGAAAAUUCCACACAAUAGUGUCCUUUGACUGCCGAGGAGUUGAGCCCACUGACUUCUCACCAAGGACUGGUUGGACAGCUGAAGGGGAGAAUACGUCAACUCCAUUUGAGGUUGACCUCACAGAGAAGGCGGAGUACCAAAAGUGAUGUUUCUUGCUUCAAAGAGGCUUAAAAGGAUUGGUCGGAUUAUGACGAGAAGGCCCAAAAUGCUGUCGGCGUUUACGGGGUCACUUCACAAUUCAUAAAGCUGUAAAUAUAAAGGCUUUUGCUGAAGUGAAAACAACCUGUGGGUAAAGCAGGAUAAAGAUUUGGAGCCACAGAAGGAAACUCUAUAUAGAAAGAUUUACUUCAUUCCCCAAAGUCAAUAUUGUGAACUGACAUUACUUGAACAGAUUCUAUAAAGUAAUGAUUUUAAUUAUAUUUUGUAAAUUGCUGAUAAAAAUCAAGUAACUCUUUAUGUUUAAAUAGCUGCUAUACCUUAUAGUUGUAACUGGUUCCUCAAAAUAAACUAUACUAUUGGUUGACUAA